GAGGCACCUUUUAUAAGUGAGGAUUGAAGAUGUCAUCCCGUAGGCAGCAGAGAUCCAUCAGGAGAUGAAAGAACUUCCCUCUGGCUCUGUGGCAGAUGAGGCAGGCAGUGGAUUAACUGUUGGUCCUUGUGUUCCCAAAGAGCAGGACUGGGUAUUUUGGCUUCAAAGAACAGGGAGUAAUGGACACCAGGAGGAGCCUGGCAAAAGGUUUGUCUGCUAUGAGUACUGACUGUCCCCAAGAGAGGAGGAGGAUGCCUCAGGUACUGGAGCCCGUUACAUUGGAGGAUGUCACUGUGGUUUUCACGGAGGCAGAAUGGAAGAUACUGAGCUCUGAGCAGAAGAACCUGUAUAGAGAGGUGAUGCUGGAGGUGUGCAGGAAUCUCUUCUCAUUGGAGCAUCCCGUGUAACAACAAGGGAGCUCACUCAGUGGGCCUGAUGUGGUGGAUGCUGCAGCGCCCGGGAAGUUCUGUCAUGCGGGG